GCCGCGGCGCCCGGACGCUUCUCCAAGGGAGAGCUGCGUGUUUUCCCGGGUUACGCACCCCUGGCCGUUCGCGGUGAAAGUCGGCCCAACAACUAAACCCAGGGUAAAUUAUCCUUGAGAAUAAUUAUCGUCGAAAAUCGGCGAAAUAUUCGCGAAUAUUACGCUCGUGAAAGUCGAUCGCGGUGAAAGUCGGCCAGGCUUUUAUUUACGAAACGCGCGAAGGGUGAUCUCUCUCCAUGAGCCUCCUGGUGGUGCUGUUGACGAGCGGCAGAAGGGGCGAGAAAAAGGAGAGGAGGGGGAAAGGCACGGCAGAUGCGAAGUGCGUAUUUCCCGCGCGACGCACACGUGAGUGAAGUGCGAAGCGAUAUGAGCGUCCGUGUCAACAUUAUCGAAACGUCAAGCGCCGCUCGCGCCCAACUUCGCGGUGUAGCUAACUUCACCGGGAAGCGAUUAGUGCCGCGGUAUGACACUUGUAAUAUGAUUGACGCCGAGAAAAAUCGUCUCGUUUGACAGUGCUUCGAGGACGAAAUAAUAUUUACGUUUUCGGGACUUCCAGUGGAGAUAUAUUGAUAUCCCGACGCGUUAGAAACUCAAUUGUAAUUGUAUACGUAUACAAGCACGAAGUGUGUUAUCAGUGUUUUUCUCAGAUGCCAUAAAAAGGUCAACAGGGUAGGUAAGUCGCUUAAAAGAUAGUUGAAGCUGAUGAGCAGGUGUGAGACUUCGAAAAACCAUUCGUUUCGAGGCAGAUAAAAACGGCAGGAUGGAGGAAGUCGAGAGCAUGCCCAUCUCCGUCGACGCCAGUUCCCACGACAGCGUCGACAGCGGCUACCUGUCAAUUCUGACACCUCACACCAGCGGCUGCAGCUCGAUGACCGGCUACAGGACACGAUCGUCCUCCGGCGCGUUAUUGUCGGCCAAGAAGUGCUGCAGAUUCCGUACGGACCCGUUUCAAUGCGAGAAGGCGCAGAGACGCCGCUCCAAGCUCAACCACACGUUGAACGCCUCGGAGUCCGACUACCUCGUCUCCGAGAGUUCCUCCGUCGAGCAGGAAUCGUCGUGUACGAAUGUCAACCAAAGCCUCAGCCUGGUGCACUCUACGCCGAGCUGCGCCGACAAUAAGUACACGGAGAUUCUCAGGAUCAAGAACAGGAGGAACUGGAGGACCACGGUACUCAUCACUCCCGCGUCCAACGAUUUCCAGCUCCUGUCGCCGCCUCUGUCGCCGGCGGUGCCCUCCUCGUCCUUCGUGGCCUCGGAGCCCGUUGAGGAGGAUGUGGAGAUGAAGCUAGUCCAUUCGGAGGGUAAAUCGCAGGUUCAGGCAACACCCCCGAGACUCAGAGUCUCGAUACCGCGGAUUGUCAUCUCACCGGCUCGCAGAAGGAUCAGCCCCGCGAUCACAUCGGAGAAUCAGAAACUGAGUAAACUGUGUAUCGCGGACUUGUCCGAGAUUAAACCGAAGAGGCUGGACUUCAGCCAUCGUGGUCUAGCGCUGCGAAAUAAUAUUCGUAGAGCUACCUUGGAUUAUACGGGGCGGGAGAAGGUGGAUUUCCUGUCUCUCCUGGGAGAGGAGAGCAACCAUUUGAACCUGGUGUCGAAGAUUCUAUCUUAUCUUGGACCUCCGGAUCUCUGCUCGGUCAGUAUGGUGUCCGCGGCUUGGAGGAGGAUCUGCGAGAACGAUUCUGGUGCCAACGGAAGAAGGAUGAGUUACAUUCUGCGCAAGCAAAACAUCAAGGAGAACCUGAAGGUGACGUUCAAGAAGGCGAAACGCGAGGAGGAUAUACAGACGAGUCCCAAGAGCAGGCACUACGUCAGGAAGGGCUUCUUGGUGGACGUACAGAACUUCUUAUACGUUCCAGCGCAACCGAGACCCCCGAAUAGUCCACCUGUCUCGCCGAGCAAAGUCAAGUUUCACUCCUAUGUCAAGGCUAGUCGUACCCUCGCAAGUGGCGAGUAUCUUCUACCAUGUCCGAAAUGCAGGUUUCCCUGCCACGUGGACAGCGAGAAGAACGUGGGAACCUGCUCGAGGCAGGGCUGUUCCAUUGAAUUCUGCAUCUCCUGUUCGUCGAAGCCGCAUACGGGCCCGUGCAAGACGCCAUUAUUGGCCACCCCGACGAAACGCAACAAUAAACGUCUCAUUGUCGGUUCGAGGCAGAGCAAGCGGAAUCUGCGGCGAUUGUAAAACAACAUCCUCGGAUCGCGUUCGAGGGAGAGAAAAACUAGUCCAAUUCCAGAGUCGUCUCGGCUCUGAAUCGAGAAAGAAAUGCGUAAUAUUGUAACACUGAGAAAAAAAAUUGUAAACUUGAUUGAAAUAUUUUCAACUAAUUUUUAUUCUUGUGAUUGAAAUAUUUAGGCAUUUAAAUUAAAUACGAUUAAAUCUAA